CAACAAUAGAAGAUCAAAUCAAUUGGGUUUAGGGUUUAUCCUCCUUAAUUUCACAAUUUCAGCAGCCAUUAUAUCGGAUCAUAAGAAAUAGUUAAUAAUGGAGGAUAAUUCAACUUCUGAAAAACGGAAGUUACCCGAAGAACCCUCGGUGGAUGAUGCGGAACCCGAGAACGAAGAAUCGGCAUCGAAGAAGCAACGGGUUGUGGCAAGAACUUGUGUUCAUGAGGUAGCAGUUCCAAAAGGGUAUACCGCGAGUAAAGACGAAACGAUCCAUGGGACGUUAUCGGACCCGGUUUAUAACGGCGAGAUGGCUAAAACCUACCCGUUUGUCCUCGACCCGUUUCAGCAGAUAUCCGUUUCGUGUUUGGAGCGAAAAGAGUCGGUUUUAGUAUCAGCGCAUACGUCCGCUGGGAAAACCGCGGUUGCAGAGUAUGCGAUCGCUAUGGCGUUUAGAGACAAGCAAAGAGUCAUUUACACGUCUCCGUUGAAAGCGUUAAGUAAUCAGAAAUACAGAGAGUUGAGUCAAGAGUUUUCGGAUGUCGGGUUGAUGACGGGUGACGUCACACUCUCGCCGAACGCGAGUUGUUUAGUCAUGACUACGGAGAUUCUUAGAGGGAUGCUUUACAGAGGGUCGGAGGUUUUGAAAGAAGUCGCGUGGGUUAUAUUCGACGAGAUUCAUUACAUGAAGGAUCGUGAACGAGGGGUAGUUUGGGAAGAGAGUAUAAUAUUUUUGCCUCCGGCGAUUAAGAUGGUUUUUCUUUCUGCAACCAUGUCGAAUGCUACGGAAUUUGCUGAGUGGAUAUGCAACAUACAUAAACAGCCUUGUCAUGUGGUGUAUACGGAUUUUCGACCCACACCUUUGCAGCAUUACGUGUUUCCGAUGGGUGGUUCGGGAUUGUAUCUUGUAGUCGAUGAAAACGAGCAGUUUCGAGAGGAUAAUUUCCUCAAGCUGCAAGACACUUUUAUCAAGCAGAGGUUAACCGGUGGAAAUAGUAAACCGAGUGGGAGAAUCGCUAAAGCAGGAAACGCUUCCGGUGGAUCCGAUAUAUAUAAAAUCGUCAAGAUGAUCAUGGAAAGAAAAUUUCAACCGGUUAUUAUCUUUAGUUUUAGUAGAAGAGAAUGUGAGCAACAUGCGAUGUCGAUGACCAAGCUUGAUUUCAAUAGCGAAGAAGAAAAAGACGUUGUGGAGCAGGUUUUCAAAAAUGCUAUUAUGUGCCUGAGUGAGGAAGAUAGAAAUCUUCCGGCGAUUGAGCUCAUGUUGCCUUUAUUACAACGAGGCAUUGCUGUUCAUCAUUCGGGACUUCUUCCGAUUAUUAAAGAACUUGUCGAACUUUUAUUUCAAGAAGGCCUUGUGAAAGCACUUUUUGCCACAGAGACGUUUGCUAUGGGGUUGAACAUGCCUGCAAAAACCGUUGUGUUUACUAGCGUUAGGAAAUGGGAUGGUGAUAGCUUUCGGUAUGUAGGAUCUGGUGAGUAUAUUCAGAUGAGUGGGAGAGCUGGACGUCGUGGAAAAGAUGAACGAGGUAUAUGUCUUAUAAUGAUUGAUGAACAGAUGGAGAUGAAUACUCUAAAGGACAUGGUGUUAGGGAAACCAGCCCCACUGGUCAGUACUUUCAGGUUAAGUUAUUACUCGAUAUUGAACUUAUUGAGACGUGCCGAAGGCCAGUUUACAGCAGAGCAUGUUAUCCGAAAUUCUUUUCACCAGUUUCAAUACGAAAAGACUUUACCCGAUAUAGGGAAAAAGGUUGCCGAGCUAGAAGAGGAGGCCACUAAGCUUGAUGCUUCCGGAGAGGUUGAUGUUGCGGAAUAUCAUAAGCUUAAACUUGAAAUCUCCGAACUUGAGAAGAAAAUGAUGGCUGAAAUAACAAAGCCCGAGAGAGCUUUAUAUUUUCUUCUACCCGGGAGAUUGGUUAAAGUUCGAGAAGGUGGAACAGACUGGGGGUGGGGUGUGGUUGUCAAUGUCGUUAAAAAACCGGCCCCAUCACUAGGCUCGUUAGCCCCUACAUCACGUGGCAGUAGCUAUAUAGUCGACACUUUGCUUCAUUGUUCCAUUGGUUCAAGUGAAAGUGGUUCUCGCCCUAGACCAUGCCCACCACGUUCUGGUCAAAAGGGUGAAAUGCAUGUGGUUCCUGUUCAGUUGCCUCUGAUAUCGGGAUUAAGCAAACUGAGAAUAUCGGUUUCUUCUGAUCUUCGCCCAAUGGAAGCGCGCCAAAAUAUAUUAUUGGCAGUACAAGAGCUUGAAAAACGGUUUCCUCAAGGUCUUCCAAAACUUAAUCCUGUUAAGGAUAUGGGCAUAGAAGAACCUGAGUUUGUUGAGCUAGUAAAUCAGAUCGAGAAACUUGAACAACAAUUGCUUUCUCAUCCACUAAACAAGUCUCAAGAUGAAAACCAGAUCAAACGUUUCAAGAGGAAAGCCGAAGUGAAUCAUGAAAUUCAACAGUUGAAAACAAAAAUUCGUGAUUCACAGCUUCAAAAAUUCCGCGAUGAGCUUAAAAACCGAUCACGCGUUCUAAAGAAACUUGGACAUAUUGACGCUGAAGGAAUAGUGCAAGUGAAAGGUCGUGCAGCAUGCUUAAUUGACACAGGAGAUGAACUCUUAGUCACCGAAUUAAUGUUCAACGGUACGUUUAACGAUCUCGACCAUCAUCAGAUUGCAGCUCUUGCAAGUUGUUUUAUUCCCGGAGACAAAUCAACAGAACAAAUACAUUUAAGAUCGGAACUUGCUAAACCGUUGCAACAGCUUCAAGAUAGUGCACGUAGAAUAGCGGAGAUACAACAUGAAUGUAAAUUGGAAGUUAAUGUGGACGAGUAUGUAGAGGCAGCGGUUAGACCGUUCUUGAUGGAUGUCAUAUAUUGUUGGUCAAAGGGAUCAUCUUUUUCUGAAGUUAUACAAAUGACUGAUAUCUUUGAAGGGAGUAUUAUAAGGCUUGCUAGAAGACUUGACGAGUUUCUAAAUCAGUUACGUGCUGCUGCUCAUGCUGUUGGAGAAGCCGGUUUAGAGGAAAAGUUUGGUGCCGCCAGUGAAAGCCUGCGUCGCGGUAUUAUGUUUGCAAAUUCUCUAUAUCUGUAAAUCACCCAACAUUUAACAUGAAUAUAUACAACACAUGAAGUUAGUAGGAUUCAUGAUCAUAGCAAAGGUCCAACGGUAACUGUUUUCAAUUCAGAAAGAGGUGCCGGCGCAGCCUGUUGUCCGUCUACCUUCUGUUUUGAUGUAACUUGGCAAGUAUGAAUGAAAAAUAUGUGUGGAUAAAAAAAUUGUUUAAAAA